AUGUCUUCCGCACAGGAAAUUCAGUUCGCCAUUAACCGCAUAUAUCGGGCCCUGGCCAACAAGAGGAAACCGGGUUACCGAGACAUUCGGCUAGGUCUUGACCGAAUCAACCGGGUUGUACCAGACAAUCAAGAGUGGAAGGGUGUUCAUGUCGCCGGUACCAAUGGCAAGGGCUCAAUAUGUGCCUUUCUUGCCGGCCUGUUCAAGCUGGCCGGGCUCAGCUACGGCAGCUUCACAUCACCGGCUUUCCCAGAGAGACAUAACGGCGUCACCAUCAAUGGUCUCUAUGUGAAUCCGCGGAUGUACGAGAUGGAGAUGAGGCACGUCGAGGCCAAGUGGGAGCGCAUCGCCACUAACUGGAGGUUUCAACACGGCGAGGACCCCGAGGGCCUAUCACCAUUCGAACUUGAGACAGCAACCGCCUUCCGCAUCUUCAACAAGAUGCAUGUUCCCUACGGCAUCGUCGAGGUUGGCAUGGGUGGAGCCACUGACGCUACCAAUGCCAUGAAGGAAAAGGCUGUCACCGUCAUAUCAAAGAUCGGCCUUGACCACCAAGAGUUCCUCGGUAACACUAUCGAGAACAUUGCCAAGGUCAAGGGCGGUAUCAUGCAAAGAAACGUCCCCUGUAUCGUCGAUCAUACUAAUCCCCCCUCCGUCAUUCAUGCCCUCAGAGAGCACGCUCGCCAGGUAGGGACAGAUAUCAUCCUCACCUGGAAGGCUGAGCCCUUUCUCAUGACACUCGACAACUCAAAGUGGAAACUUGAGAGCUAUCAAGUUCAGAACCUCCUCUGUGCUGCUCUCGCCUUUCGUCAUUUAUUUCCUCUAAAAGAAAUUGACUUGAACAAGCUCAUGGCUACGAAACCCUUCUUACCCGGACGAAUGGAGACGGUACAGAUUUAUCCACCAGCUUCUGGUCUUGAAUCAAGAAGUAUCCUUGUCGAUGGAGCUCACAACAUGCUGGGAAUCGAGGGUCUGGUUAGCCAUGUCGACAAGCACAUGCGAAAACCAGAUCAACCGGUGACCUGGGUAAUGGGUAUGUCCUCGAGCAAGCACAAGCCUUUCCACCGAAUUAUCGACAAGGUUGUCAAGCCCCAAGACAACCUGGCUUUUGUCGAGUUUACUCCCGGCACCAACGAUCCCCAGCCUGCACCCGCCAACUAUGGCGCCGACCAUGCCAAGACCAUUGUCAAGACUCCCGAGCAAGUGUACAAUGGAGAACCCACCGUUGCGAACGCUCUGCCGUGGGCUUGCGAGAAGGCUGGCCAGGAUGGACCAGUAGUUGUAACAGGAAGUCUUUAUCUCAUCCGAGAGCUCUUUGGCCUUGAAGGUGUCCGUCGAGCACGACAACUAGGCACACGGAGGCCUGGGCGAGCGCAACUAUACCGAUAUAUCAAGUUGGCGCAAGAGAGGAACUUGACAAAUGAGGAGGCUCGGGAGUUCAAGCAAGCGAGGCGACACUUUCACCUGUCGCCCCUCCGAAGCAAAGUCUUCUUGAAUGUACGUGACGGUGGCAGUCCUCAGUCCCCGGAGGUGUCCGCUGAAACGUCAGAGCAGCAGCGCAAAGCCGCGUACCACAAGAAGCAGGAGGAGAGAUACAAGAAGACCAUUGUCGCUAUUCAGAACGAUCUAAACCAGCUGACUGCCACUGCCGGUAGUGGGGGUGCCGAGGAGCCCGUCGAGGCAGUGGGAAACCUUGCCGCUCGGCUCGAGGACCUCAAGAGCCAAGCCUCGAUGCACAGGAAGGAGUAUGAGGUGGCAAUGUUCAAUAUCAGGGGAUAUACGGCGAUGGCUCACAAGAAGUACAUGGGCUAUCGCAGGAUCUUUGGGCGGUCAAAGAAGCGCAAGGCCUCGCCCGGGUCCCCGUUCCUCUCAUCAUCGGGGGGCAGGCCUAUCGCGGUGCGCAAGUCGACCGUGACUUGGAAUGAGCAAAAGGUGGAUGAGGCGGCGGCACUCGCUGAGCAGAGAGGAACAUCGAAGAGGAGGAAGAGAGCGUCUGCGCCGAAGGAGGCAAAGAACGUCGACCCGUUUGCCGCGAAGCUGGCUUCGGCCCGGAGAAACCAGUGA